AUGGGCACGAGAUUGGACGCAAACUCUAAUAUAGUCCGCAAGAGGAUCCAAAGCCAUACGUUUGAUGGCGAAGAUGGCGAGGAGUACGAGGCAUCGAAAUUUGGAGGCUUCCCGGAUUACUUUCGGCGCAAGAAGAUAAAACUUCAAAAUCUAGAUGCGGAAACCCGUGCAAACACCGCGGACAAUCCUCCGAUAUUCCGUGGCGUGGUAGUACAUGUGAACAGUGGUUUGACCCAGCAUUCUUUGAGUGAUAUACAUCACUACGUCGUGAGCCAUGGAGGAGGCUUCCUCCAAUAUCUCGAUGGCAAGACCAGCGCGACUCAUAUCAUUGCUAGCGAUUUAACCCCGAAGAAGAGAGAGGAGUAUCGCAAAUACCGCAUAGUGAAACCCGCUUGGGUCGUGGAGAGUGUCAAGGCCGGCCGAUUGCUACCAUGGGACCAAUAUCGUGUAGUUGACGAAGGGCAAUCUCAGAAGGUCUUGAAAUUUGACCAGGGACUUCUGAAAACCCAAGCCAACUCCUAUCAGCAUAGCUACAAAGACCAGACCGAGAACAGCUGGUAUACAUCGCAAGUAAAAGACGCAGCAACCGAAGCACAAAAUUCUCCUAUUUUGCAAAAGCCUCCGAGCGAAAAGCGCGAAUUAGUUUCUUCCGAAAUUACUUUAAGCGCUGAUACUGAUUAUGGCGAUUUUCCAUCCAUGGGGUCCAUGCCUGAAGCGGCUGGAAAUUCGAACAUCGCCAGCCUAAAAGAGGAUACAAUAAGGGAUAAGAAAGCCGAUUCUGAUGAAAGACCCGAUGACUUUUACCCUCCUGAACCUAUGGCUGAAGAAACGGAUACUUCAAAAGGUGCCGAACUUGUCCGAGAAACGAUACCUGUGAAACCCGGUAUGACAUCAGAAGAGUACAAUGCCCUACUACUAUCCGACCCUCGCAUGAGGAAAUCCAGCGUCGUCAACCCUGAUUUUGUGCAACAAUAUUAUAGAGAAUCGCGUCUUCACCAUCUAUCAACUUGGAAAGCAGAGCUUAAAGCAAAGCUCCAAGCAGCCACCCAGGAAAACGUACAAAGCCACGCAAAUGCAAAACGACGUGUUCCUGGCGCUCGAAGAUAUAUAUUGCAUGUCGACUUUGAUAGCUUCUUCGCAGCUGUAUCUAUUCAAAGACAUCACCCGGAAUUGAUAGACAAGCCAGUGGCAAUCGCCCAUGGCACAGGCAGUGGCUCGGAGAUUGCGAGUUGCAAUUACCCUGCCCGUGCUUUUGGUAUCAAGAACGGGAUGUGGAUGAAAGGUGCACUGGAAAAAUGUCCUCAGCUUAAAGUUUUACCAUACGAUUUUCCUGGCUAUGAAGACGCCAGUCGCCAGUUCUAUAGCUGUUUACUUGCCGUCGAUGGAAUCGUGCAGAGCGUUAGCAUUGAUGAAGCAUUGAUCGAUAUUACAACGCAGUGUCUGCGAGCCGGUGGUUCGGACGGGAAGGGUAUAUCUGAAGGGUCACUUUAUCGAGAGCAAUCAAAAGCCGACGAAAUUGCUAACGAUCUACGGAAUGCGGUCAAAGAAAAGACCCAAUGUGCUGUAUCGGUGGGUAUUGGGGGCAACAUUCUCCAGGCCAAAGUGGCACUCCGCAAGGCGAAACCUGCCGGGCAGUAUCAGCUCAAACCCGAUGAGGUUUUGGAAUUCAUAGGAAACCUAACGAUUCAAGAUCUUCCCGGUUUUGCAUAUAGCCUGGGUGGGAAACUUGAAGAGCUUGGAGUAAAAUUCGUGAAAGACGUACACGAUAUAUCCAAAGAAAGACUUGCGUCCCAUCUCGGCCCCAAGACUGGCGCGAAGCUGUGGGACUAUGCUAGAGGUGUUGACAAGACAGAAGUAGGAUUGCAUACAGUGCGCAAAUCGGUCUCUGCGGAAAUUAAUUGGGGCAUCCGAUUUAUCAACCAGGGCCAGGCAGAGGAAUUCGUGCAGAACUUGUCAGAUGAGUUGCACCGCCGUAUGCUUGAGAAUUUGGUCAAAGGAAAGCAACUUACUAUUCGCGUUAUGAGGCGAUCGUUAGAUGCCCCUUUAGAACCAGUCAAGCAUCUUGGCCAUGGGAAAUGCGAUGUCUUUAACAAGAGUGUCCUCCUCGGUGUUGCUACCAACGCGAGCGAAAUAAUAGGAAAAGAGGCUAUUGCAAUGCUGCGUAGCUUUGGCUUUACACCCGGUGACUUGCGGGGCCUCGGUGUUCAAAUGACUAAAUUGGAACCGAUCAAGUCCACUGGGGGAGGAGUGGCAGAAAGUAGCCAACGACAGUUGAACUUCAAAGCAUCCCCAGUGACAAAGAAACAGGUUCAGGAAGUUGACACAGACUUGAUCGAGAGCCCUAUGAAAGGAGAUGGGACCAGUACCGAUGCAGCUGAAGUUCUUGACAACCGGCCGGCCUUUGAUUCAUCACAUAAGCCUUUGAACAUUUCUGGAACGCAGUUCAUAAUGCCAUCACAACCAGAUCCCAAAGUGGUUGCAGAGCUGCCUGCUGAUAUUCGGUCAAUGUUGGUCCCCAAGUCACAGGCCCGAGAAACCUCGCCAUCUCCAACGCAACGCCGAAAUGCUCACACUAGUGGUGGCCAACUCCCUCCACAGUCGCAAAUAGAUCUAGAAAUUCUGGAAGCAUUGCCAGAAGACAUUCGAUCUGAGAUAUUAGGCUACUAUUCGCGUCCGUCGAGCGAAGGAGAAUCUAAUCAACCGGGGCCUCCUCGUCAUCAGCCUGAACUACCACCUCAGCCUCCUCCGACUCGCUUAGAAAACGUCGCUUUUACCACCAAGAAACCACCUUCGCCGCCAAAGAAACGGCGUGGUCGGCCUCCCAAGUCGUCCACUGUUGCCAAGUCCCAGAUCCGUUCUGGCUUGUCGCAGUCCACUUUCAAUUUUAACAAACGGAUAGCGAGUGAAAAUGCAUCUGCAGAGAGCAUACGGCAAGAUUCUCCCGCUUUGGAGGAGUCGGAUGAAGUUUCAGAAGAUUUUUUGGCAGCUCUGCCUGAGGAUAUCCGGCGUGAAGUGCUAGAGGAGCAGAGACAAAAGCGAAUGAGAAAGAAACCUCAGGCAAACGUUCAACCUGAGAGGCCAAUAUCUUCCAGAGCAAAUACUCCAGGGGAGCCAGUCAUUGUACCAGAGAAACGACUUCAACUACCUCCUCAUCCUGAAAGACCAACUUUUACAUCCAAAAAAUUGUCAGCUCUUCCCGACCUUCGUGAAGCGAUUGCGGCCUGGCACGCAGCUUUUUCGCCUGAAAAUCCUUUCUUGGAAGACGUAGAAGCUCUGGCAAUAUAUCUGAAGCGGGUUGUUCUCGAAGAAAGAGAUAUUGAAAAGGCAAUUUCUGUAGCUGAUUGGCUGCAUUGGUUAAUCCAGGACAGUGCUGGUGAUGAUGCUACGCCUCAAGUUAAAACAAUGUCAUCUCAAGAGGCAUCCCAGAGCUCACAGCCCGAGACCACAUGGGGUCAGGCGUUACAGAUAGUGCGGAAUAGCGUUGCUGCAGCGUUUGAAGAACGGGGUCUUCUUCCACCCAGCUUCUCGGCCUAG